UUUUACCAAGUGUUCAGUGUUUAUACGUAAACGCUUCUGUUUAAACGUCUGAGCAAGGUUAAAAAAGCCUAAAAGGAGUUGCAGUUGUCGCAUACCAAGAUUAACAGCUGCUCAGAGAAGAACGAUCAUCUUUCAUGAAUUACUCAAGCUCAAGUCAAGCCAUGUUUCUACCAAUACCACCAACAAGUAUUGGGAUUUUGAUUCUCGAGGUAGCAGUACUUUUGAUUAUCGAUAUUGCCGCAUUUGCAGGAAAUCUAUUGGUGUGUCUCGCCUACCGCAAUCAACGUCUGCGUACAGGCACCAAUGUGUACAUAAUAGCUCUGGCUGUUACCGAUAUACUAGCGGCUACAAUCACGGUUCCUAUGACGCUAGGCUCGAUCAUGAAAGGAAAGUGGGCAUUUGGAGUUUUGGGUUGUCAAAUCCAAGGUUUUUUCGCUCACUUUUUGAUCUAUACGUCCAUGUAUACUCUCGCAUUAACGGCUGUUAACCGUUACUUUCGUAUUGUGAAGACAAAGUACUACAAGACGGUAUUCGGAGGGCGUCGGCCGUUGAUCCUCAUAGCAUUAGUGUUGGUCUUCGUUGGACUGUUUGUGUCCAUCCCACCUUUGUUAGGAUGGGCUCGUUUUCAGUUUGAGCCGGGGGUCGCUUUGUAUAUGUGUAUUCUGGAAUUCAAUACAACAACUGGAAGUAUUACUUUUUUAUUGUUGGUUCUGAUGUUUUUUGUGAUUUUAUCAAUGUCUUUGAUCAUUGCAUCUUAUGUGGAAGUCUCACGUGCCAUGCGACAACACAAACUUAAUCUUCAAGCGACCGUCAUGAACAGGAGAAGGAUAGCAAAUGUCAGCGUUGAGGAGAUUAAGAUAACAAGGACUCUUUUUAUUUUAGUAAUGGCGUUCAUAGUAUGUUGGAUCCCUGUGUAUUCGGUGGUGUCCAUCAUAAGAUCAGGACUUGGUGGUAGUUUAACGAACACAGGUUCGCUUAUCACCACUUACUUAAUCUUCUUAUCGUCUGCCAUUAAUCCUUACAUUUAUGCCUUCAACCAUAGGACGUUUAGGAACGAGUUUAAAAGGAUUUUAAAAAAAGGAUGUGGCAGGUCAGAACGCGCACCAAAGGAAGCCCAUGUCAUUCACAACAGCCGAUCUUUACUAGGGCCAUCGGUCUGUAAUCCUAGGGACGUAAAUUCAAGACAAGCUGGCCCAUCAUUCGGUAGAACUCUGCGACCCUAUGAAAUAAACGUACCAGCUGCUCAUUUCAAAAAAGCAAACACCCCACAGGAAUCCCAUUUAAACAAAGUUGACAACAAAACGUUUUUGUCCAGAAGGAAGCCGUUUUUCAAAAGAAAUUCGCCGUUGGUUCGACCAGAGAUCGUUCUCGAGCGUAUAGCACGUCGCUGUAGUCGAUCGAAAGACGUCGAAAUGGUUUGUGAGGAUGCAAAGGAAGAGAACGGGACAAAUACAAAAUAUAGAAAUAAAGAAAAUAACAAUUAG